AUGUCGCGCCAAAUGACGGCAGGGCCGGCCUCGGGGCGCGUGAUGCGGCAACGGACGGCAGGGGCCGUGGACGGUGCAAGUUCGAGCCAGCGGGCCCCGCGGUACCGCAACGCGACUUACACAGAGGUCGAUGACGUCCAGGCGAGCCACGAGCGGAUGGAGCUCGUCGGCGAGCACUCCUCCACGAGCGACGCCCUCCUCGCCCCGUCCCCCGCGCAAGACGUCCAGCGCGCCCAGCUGUCUGACUCCGCCGUCCUGGACGCCGCGGUCGUGCCGCAGGAACAGCUGCACUUCUCCGACCUCGGACCGGCCGCCGAGCGCGCCGCUCGCCGCGGGGACGCCGGCCCGUUUCCUGCGCUCGCCCUGGACGACGCCCCGCUGUUCGGCGCGGCGCCCCGGGCCUGGCGGCGGCCCGCGGGGACGCUGGGCGCGACGGGCACGGCCGAGAGCGGCGAGAGGAACUUCCUCCGCGUCGCCCAGGGCCUCCGGGUCGCGCCGGCCGCCCGCAACGACGACGAGGCCACUGCGACGCGCGUCGCCUCGCUCGCGCAGCGAAUGGACGCGCUGCGGCAGGACGUGGCCGCGGCGGUCCCUCCGCUGUUCGACGUGCUGGAGACGCACGUGCGGCGCGUCGCGGCGGAGCGGGACGCUGAGCGCGUGCGGCGCGAGGAGCUCCAGCGCGGAGCCGAGUCCCUCGCGCUGCUCGUCGCGGACAUGGCCGGGCAAGCGCAGGCGCACCCGCAGGCGCAUGUGGAGCGAGAGAGGGUGGCCGAGGCGGCGCCCGAGCCUGCCGCGCCGGCGAGGGCGGCGGCGUCGGAGGCGCCGAGCGAGAGCCCGGCGCGCACGGUCGAGGCGGAGUUCCGGCAGCUUGGUGGCGGCGGGCACAAGCCCGCAGCCCCCGUGGCGAGGGGGGGGGUCGUUGAGGUCGCGUCAGGGUCCGCGGUGACGGGCGGAGGGUCGGGCGGGACGUGGUCGGUCGGGAAGCGCGAGACGACGACGCAGCGGCCGACCGCCGUGCGCGACUAUUUGCCGAAGGACAGGCCGCCAGACACCGAAGACUAUUUGAGGGCGCAGGGGCUGGUGGCGCUGGCGCUGGACGCGCUGGCGCCGGACGCGACGCCGGAGAAGAUCAUGGGCGCGAAGACUGCGAUCGAGGCGGCGCUGCGCGGGGGACCAGCUGAGCCUGCGCCUGCGCCUGAUGCUGCAGGGGCGGGACGCGAGGACUCGGCCACGCUGGCCGGCGACCCGAUGGAUCAGUGGGCGCGGGCGGCGCUGCGCCGGACGGAGGACAGGCUGGACGCGCUGAUGGGAAUCAUCCAACAAAGACUGCCAGCGACCCCGAACGCCAUGGGAAGCGACGACGCCGAGGACGCCACGCGGGGCUACCUCGGCGGCGGCGGUGCGCGGGCCGCAGAGGCGUCCGCAGACGCCACGGAGGGCGGCGUGUCGGUCAUGGAGAGCGCUGAACUCGACGGCCUGAUUCAGCGGCUCCGCGCGAUGGAGGCGGCCGAACAGCGCAUACGGGACCGCUGGCUCGAGCCCCAGCGCGAGCAGAGCGCGGCUCCGGUCCCGGAGAGCGCGCCCGGGCCCACGGCAGCACCGCGCACGCCGGGAGGUGCUGUGGCGAGUGGGCGGGUGGCGUGGGGCGACGUGCGGGAGGAGGUCGGGGGCGGGGAGGGGCCGGUGACGCAGGACAUGGCGAAGCGCGUGGCGGCGGGGCGUCGGGCGUUUCUGCGCCGGCAGCAGCUGCUGGAUUCUCUUCUACAUGCGGGGGGGCCUAAAUUCGACGUCGGACAGGCGGUCGAAGCGGUGGCGGAGGAGCUGCUCGACGAGGUGAUCGAGUCGACGGCGCGCAACGUCGACGAGCUGACUGCGGAGGCGGUGGACGCCCUCAUGGCUGCAGAGCUGCGCGGGGUGCGCUGA